AUGGAGGAAGGCCCGGCCUGGGAGUCAGAGAACCCACCAAGCCCGCGCUCGCAGGGUGCAGCCUUCGGAAAUGCUGUUGACUUGCGAUUUGCAACCGAAGCCGAGGAUGUUGUCAGCGCACUGUCAAGAGUCCGGGCCGAGUGGCGGCCUCACCCCUCUGCCCUGACUCCACGACAGCCCAGAGGAAAGCCCCUCAUCUUCCUGGAAUCUCACCGCGUCAUCCCUGCGCCACCCCGCCAGCCCCGCUACCGCCUGCCUCCACCCGCUCCUCCCCGUGCCCCGGCUGUGCGCGGAGGCUGCGGCUCGGCCAGGGCAGGCGCGGCGCGCACGGCUGGCGGAGGCGGCGGCGAUCGGGCACGGGGGUCCGGCGCGGGGAGCCGGGCUCAGCCCCGGCCUGCGCGAACCGCGGCCCUCGUCCACCCGAGGCCGGCCUGGGGGGCCCGCAAGGCGCGCGGAGCGCCGACCGCGCCCGCCCCCGCAGCGCCCAGGCCGCGCUCGCCGGCGGAGGCGGAGGGCCGCGGACCCGAGGGGCUGCUGCGGCGAUCGGGGUCGGGCUAUGAGGGCAGCACCAGCUGGAAGGCGGCUUUGGAGGACACCACCACACGUCUCCUGCUGGGGGCCAUCGCAGUCCUUCUGUUCGCUAUCCUGGUGGUGAUGAGCAUCUUGGCUUCCAAGGGCUGUAUCAAGUGCGAAGCGCCCUGCCCAGAGGACUGGCUGCUCUACGGAAGGAAAUGCUACUUCUUUUCUGAGGAGCCGAGAGACUGGAACACGGGCAGGCAGCACUGCCAUACUCACGAUGCUGUGCUGGCUGUGAUUCAGAGCCAGAAGGAGCUGGAGUUUAUGUUCAAGUUCACGCGGAGGGAGCCCUGGAUUGGCCUGCGCAGAGUGGGGGACGAAUUCCACUGGGUCAACGGGGACCCGUUUGACCCGGACACAUUCCCGAUCUCGGGCCUGGGAGAGUGCGUCUUCGUGGAGCCCACCAGGCUGGUGUCGACGGAGUGUCUUAUGACCCGGCCCUGGGUGUGCAGCAAGAUGGCCUACACAUGAGGUGGG